AUGGGUCUAUCAUAUUAUGGCUCCGGGGUCUUAGCCUUCGCCCUGUUGGUGGUUGGAGCUUAUAUGCUCUUCACCGGUAGCGGCGAAUCCUUCAGCCCCGGCAACUUUAUAGAAUCCGUAUCUCCUCUGGCGUGGGCGAGUACGGGUGUAGCUCUUUGCAUGGGUCUCUCCGUCGUCGGAGCUGCUUGGGGUAUCUUUAUCACAGGAUCGUCGAUCCUCGGCGCCGGCGUGAAAGCUCCCCGAAUUCGAACCAAGAACCUCAUUUCCAUCAUCUUCUGCGAAGUCGUCGCCAUCUACGGCCUCAUCAUGUCCAUCGUCUUCACGGCAAAGAUUAACGCUCUCGACGGAGAGGGGAUGGAUUCUCCGAAUACCGCGUUUGUUGCGUAUGGCAUCUUCUGGGGUGGUAUCACCGUGGGCAUGUGUAACCUCGUUUGCGGCGUGUCUGUCGGUAUCAACGGCAGCGGUGCUGCCCUUGCCGAUGCGGCUGAUGCCUCGCUCUUCGUCAAGAUUCUUGUCGUCGAGAUUUUCAGCUCCGUCCUCGGUCUCUUCGGUCUCAUCGUUGGGCUUCUGGUUUCCGGUAAGGCCGGCGACUUCGGCCAGAAGGCGUGA